UUUACUGCAGUUCUAACCUCAUUUUGCGUGCGGUCUAGAAGAACAAACCGAAGAAUGACACUUGACAGAUGUUCCUCACGUGCGCUAAGCUGCAUUCUGAUUGGCUGAGAAACUGACCUUUCUUAAGAAUACGGGUUGAGAGAUCUUAGGAUAAAAUGGCGCGACGCAAGAAUUUGGUGUGUGUUGAACAACUAACAAAAGCGAAUAAAUAGGUGUUUGUUUUGACAACGUAUUCGUGGAGAAAAGAACGUUGUAGUAGAGUGUUGUCCGUUUUUUUAAAAAAAGACAUUCUGUUUCGUGUAUUUAGAAACGUUAGCCGGAACUCCAGCGCACUUACCAUGGCCACAAGCUAUGGCUUGUGUUCAUCUAUUCAUGUGGAUUUCAGGUACUUUUAGAUGUAGACAUGUUGUCUUUUAUGUUUAAUAAUUUACGAGGAGAGUUUUUAGCGAAUUGUGACUGGCGGAGACCGACCAGGUACUCGCCAGUGUUUUCGCCGCUGCCCUAUCGCGAGGCUUAAAAACUUCUCUAGUUGAAAAAUAAAUUACGCUAGUAAUUCUUUUCUCGGCUUAAUUUUUUUACCGUCAACACGGAAUUAACACUCGGAAAAAAAAUAAACGUUUAAAAUGGAUUAUUUCUAUUAAAAUACUUGCAGCGAAUGAUCACGAAAACGUCAGUUGGAAGAAAUCGCGAGCAAAUACUGAGUACAACCGUGUUUAGAGUUACACUUCAGCACGAAAAUUAGACAAGCAGAUCCGAGAAACGCUAGUGUGAAAUAUCGCGCGUAUACUUCCGGUCGCGGUAUAUAAUUCCAAUGAUAAACUAAGGUUGCCUAGCAUUUUCGACCCAUCUCGCCCGUGAUGACAUGUGAAAGAGAAAAAUAAUUGGAAAAGUUAGGGAAAACAUAGUUACAGAAUUCAUUUCGAAGCAGUGUUUUUGUUGUCGCUUUCGAACUCAUUCGAUCGAAAAAUUGGACCAUAAAAGCUGUCUUGAACUGUCUUCUCCAACUUCUCAAAGGUUAACAUACUGAUUUUAAAUUGAUCCACGUUUAAUUAGGGUUCUUUCACAAUAUCUCACAGAGUUAAACCAGGUCUUCCAAUGGCUAUGUUCCAAACAAAGUUCAGCGAUAAUUCAAUCUGCGAAAUGAAAAACAGUGCUCGAAAGAAGCCGAAUAUGUUAAAAAAUAAUCUUUUGGAAUCGACAACACAGUGUUACGCCCUCCAGCAACUACGACGGAUUUGACUAGGCAUUUCCGCUUAAAUUCCCAAAUGAAAACUAGCCUGGGUAUUGUUGUAUCGAAUUUCCUUGUCGCGGUUAGAUAAUUAUUUGUCUGCUUCUGAAGCUUUGUGCCAAACAUCACAGCAGAGCGGAAUUUUUGCUUUCCCUUGUGGAAAGUGGUCUCAGCAUUAGAUUUAAGCAUGGAAUUUUUCCAGACUUAUUGACUGGGAGGUAAUCAGCUGAGAUCUGUCGCUUUUGUCGUUUGUUUUGUAAUGUAAAUCUGCGUCAGACGCGACGCGAUCGUAUGAAUCUUUCUUCAAUAUCGUCGAUUAUUGUGUGCGCACGCGUACUGGGCUGAUUUCCUACUGCGAAAGCAAAAUAAGACGGAGUGUUUUUUGUCCACUAUAAGUUGGCCCGCUUUCGCGGAACAAGCUCCGUACAGGGAGAUGGAUGCAGACCCUACACCAGAGCAGGAUCCUUCUGGUGUAAAUGAUGCAACACUGAUGGACACAGAUGAUCAGCAAAAAUCUGAGAUGUUCAACCCUGGCAUUGGUGAUGAAGCUGCAGAGGUGUUAGCAUCAGUAGAGAAUACAACUGUGCAGGAGAACUGUCAAUCAAUUUCUGAUGUCACGCAUGAGGAUAGUAUGGAUUCUGGCAAUAAAGCUGAUGACAACAUGGAAUCAGUUCUAGAAGAUGCAAAUGGAUUUCAUCCUGAAACCAGUGAAGCAGCAACUGAAGAUGCACCCCUUAAUACCAAUGCAACAAAUGUUGAACCCCUGGCAACAGAAACUGGAACAGCAACAGACAUCAUUACCCCCACAGCUGCAGCUGUCACAGAUUCAACUCCUUCAGUUUCUGUUGAAGAUAAAGCCGAAGAUAAUUACCUGCAGGAUGAAGAUGAGAAGCCUGUCAAAUUUGGGAAAAUUGUAGAUCCUCAUGUUUUGGGAUGCUGUGAGUUCUGUGGUGGUCCAGUCAAGAGGCGGCGGUUUUGCUCCCCUCUCAAGAGAUUCUGCUCUAAAGGUUGUUCUCGAAGUUCUAGGAGAGCUAACUUAAAGAAGAAAGAAGGCGAGGACAAUGGACAGGACUCUGAUGAAGGGAGUACUGCAGGAGUUGCUGAAGGUGAAACCCCUCAUAAAUUUACAUGGAGCGAUUACAUGGAAGCUGCAUUAAGCAAAGCUGCUCCUGAUUGCUGUUUCAAACAUGUGAGUGCAAAUUUGAGUUUUUAUGCAGUAAAGGGUAAUAUCACUGACAGUGAUUUUGCUGCAUUUUUUUGUGAAAGCAGUGCGUAAAUUAUGACUUAGUAUCUCAUUUGUACAUCAACUGCUCAACCCCAAGGUGACAAUAUUGAGUGAAUAAUAAUUUAUUGUUAAAGGGAGUGCAAGUUGUAAUGUAAUUAUUUGUUUGUAGCCAUUUUGCCAAUGAUAUGAUGAUGAAAUUGGGAAAGUCUGCCCGAUCUUUUCAGUCUGAUAUCAUAGCCUUGUACAUACAUAAUUGGUAAAUAAACCCCUUCUGGCGCCUGGUAUGUUGGCUGAUAAUGUCUGCGGCUGAGAUAUUGUCUGAAAAAUGAAUAUUUGGCCGAGAAGCGAAGCUUUGAGGGCAAAUGAAGAAGCUAGUCAUAAAAGGGG